UAUAUAUAUAUAUAUGAUUUCUUUUUUCCAUGAAAUAAUUGGUUUUAUUAUUUUUCUAUUUUAUUUUUUUUGUUACAGUUAUCUUAGAUGCAAUGGGUAUUGAGAUAAUGCAAUGUGAAUCAAAAGCUUUUAACUUGCAGUUGAAAAAAAAUAAUAAUAAUAAUGUAAAGAAGAAAAAAGAAACAAGCCUGCUUAGUUGUGAAUAAUGCGUUUAUUUUUAGGUUAUAUAUAUAUUUUUCUUUAAUUUUGUGGUUUCAAGAAGUGAAAGUUUAUGUGUUGUGUUGCCACUAAACUUAGAAUAUGUAAAUUAGAUGUUUUUAUGUGUCAAAAUUUUGUUAUUUUUUAAUUUUACCCAGAAAAGGUUUUUCAUUGUUUUAUGAAAAUAUAAAUUCACACACACCUUUCCUUAAUUGCUUUUUUUUGGUUUCUUAAAAUUACUUUCUUCUCCAAGUUCUGAAAUUCUUUAAUGAAAUUUACUCUUCUCCUUCAUGAUUCUCUGAUCUCACUAGAAUUUUUAUUUGUUUUCUUUUCAUCUGCUUAAACUUUCAUUGCUUUUGUUGGCUAUCACUUUCUUUCUGAUUUUAUCCCUUUCAUAUGAAAAAUGCAACCCAUCUUCACAAACCUGUCAGGGGUUUCAUUGUCGUGAAUCCAAUCAUUUUUUGCUAGAUAGAAGUUCACUGUGAAUUAGUUAAGAUUGGGAGCGUGGUUGGAGAAAGAGAGGGCGUGGGGGAGGUUUAAAGGGAAAAAUGUCGGGAGCUUUUGCAAAUAUUAUGGUAUAAUUUGUACUAGGUCAAGGGUACUUUUAAUUUACCAUUGAAAGAGGGAUGUGCUGCCAGCAUGAUAAUCUUUCUUCACUCCUUUAUGUAAUUCUCUUUUUCUUUAGAAGUCACUCUCUCUGAUUCUAAUGGUAAAGAAUCUUUAGAAGUCGCUCUCUCUGAUUCUAAUGGUAAAGAAUCGGUCUUGGAUUCAAAAGCUUUAAGCAAGAGGAUAUUUUAUGAGGAGUUGCACAAAGGUUUAGGAAAGAGGUUACCAGUCCAACUCUUUCUGUAUAUUUUCCUUUGCAACUCAAGAUUCAAUUUACAUGCCCAAAUUAAAAAAACUCCACACCAGACGCAAUGGAUCUAAAUCCGUGGCUGAGACUCUUGCCAGGUGGAAAGAACACAAUGACCACCUUGAUUCUUCGAACGAUGAGGGUAAAACAUUUCGUAAAGCUCCAGCCAAGGGGUCAAAGAAAGGUUGUAUGAAGGGUAAGGGAGGACCUGAGAAUUCUCGAUGCAACUACAGAGGUGUAAGGCAAAGGACAUGGGGCAAGUGGGUUUCAGAAAUUCGGGUGCCAAAUGGGGGGAGUAGGCUAUGGCUAGGUACAUUUCCAACUGCAAUUGAAGCAGCCCUUGCUUAUGAUGAAGCUGCAAGGGCAAUGUAUGGUUCUUGUGCUCGCCUCAACUUUCCUAAUAUCUCAAUUUCCAAUAUAUCAAAGGACUUUUCUGCAGCUGGUGCAGUAUCAGGCUUUUCUUCAGUGACAACUGCUGGUUCAGAUUCAUCAGGAUCAUCCAACCAGUCAGACGUUUGUGGUGCUGAGGAUCAUAUGGUGAAGUCUGUUUCCACUAAUGUAACGGAUGGUGAAGUUAUUCAAACUAUGACAACAAAUAAGGAUGAGGAAAGCCAAUGAAGAAUCAUUCUUGAAGUCAUUUUGGAGGUUAGGGUUUACAUUUUUGUGUAUACGUUAAUUGAUUAGAAAUUUGGUUAUGCAGCAGGGAAUGAAUUUUGCUUCUUGUUAGUUGUGGCACAAACCUCAAUAUCUGAAUUUGCGAGAAUAAAUUCAAGUUUCCACAAGGUUGGAUGAUUAACUGCUUAAUUGGAAUUUUCUAAU